GACAAGCCCACCUCGUUAUAAGAGCGAGCGAGCAGCCGGCUUCUUUGAUGUUUUCUGACUUCAUUCAACCAUUCUAUCUGCUAGAUAGCCUUCCAGGUUAGGUCUAUAUAUCUCAAGUCCAAAGUCCAAUUUUGAUUCAGGGUGCAAGGGACGACUGUAUACUCAGAUCCUUCCCCUGUGCCUAUGACGCCUCCCUCCAGCCAUGACCUCCCCACUGCAGAUGUAUGUGUCUGAGAAGGAAAGAACCUUUGAUUGUGAGGACAGCCUGCCCAACCUGCCUAUACCUCCUCUGGAACAGACACUGAAGAAGUAUCUGGAUUCCGUCCGCCCACAUUUGUCCCCAGAGGAGCUGAGAACCACAGAGUUCAUAGUCCAGGAGUUUGGUCAGGGGGUGGGGAAAGAGCUGCACAGAAGACUUCUGGAUAAUGCCAAACAUAAGAGGAACUGGUUAGAGAAGUGGUGGGAGGAGUAUGCGUACCUUAGGGGCAGGUAUCCCAGCUCUCCCAUAGUGAACUUUGCUGGUCCGGGGCCGUACAGCUUUAAGUUUUGGCCACCUAAAGAGGGCACUCAAGUGCCAAGAUGUGCCAUAACCACCUACUAUACACUGAAAUACUGGCAGAUGUUGCGAAGAGAGAGACUGAGCAUUGAUCGUAACAGUAAAAGACAACCGCUGAGCAUGAGUCAAUUCCAUCGUGGUUUUAGCACUUGCAAAAUCCCAGGAGAAGAAGUGGACCAUUUUAACUUUUAUUUUAAGACAAAAAGAGAAGGAAAAACCCCAACACAUUUCUUGGUGAUAUGCAAAGGGAGGAUCUUCACUGUAGAUGGCGUUGAUGAGAAAGAGGAGCCCUACACCCCACCUGAGCUUGAGGCUCAACUCCAGUUGAUAAGAGAGAAGUGUGACAGUGAGCCGAGGGGGCCGGGAGUGGGGGCCCUCACAGGGGCAGAGAGGACAGACUGGGCCAAGCUCCGGCAGCACCUCUUAGAGCUGAGUCCAUGCAAUGUCCGUAGCUUAGACAUUAUCCAGACCUCCAUGUUUGUAGUGUCUCUAGAUGAUGUUCCUGCCAGUGAUUUCACAGAGAUGAUGCAGCAUAGUCUGUGUGGGGACUGCACCAACCGUUGGUAUGACAAGUCUCUGUGUUUUAUCACCUUCAGCAAUGGAACCAGUGGAUGUAACUGUGAUCAUGCCCCAUUUGAUGCUAUGGUGAUGGUGUCCUUGACCUACUUUAUUGACCUCAAUGUCACAGAAUGCAAGGGUAAAUGGCAGGGAUCCAAAGAAGUCAGAAUUAUGAAACCACCAGAAGAGUUGACAUUCCUGUUGGACGGUGACAUAUAUCAUGGAAUAGCAAAGGCAAUAGAGACUCAUGACAAGUUGGCUAAGAAUGUUGAGUGUUUUAGUCCCAUCUUCACCGGCUAUGGCAGGAAAUAUCUACGCAGCCACAAGAUUUCCCCAGACACACAUGUACAGCUUGCACUUCAGCUGGCUUAUUACAGGAUGCACAAGAAACCUGCUCCGACCUACGAGACGGCGACCACCCGGCGUUACUAUCACGGCAGGACGGAGACGGUGAGGUCAUGUACCAUGGAGGCCCUGACGUGGUGCAAGGCCAUGAUGGACCCGCAGCGCAGUGUAUUAGACAGACUGAAGUUGUACAGGAUUGCCUCUCAGAAACAUGCCAAAAUGAUGGUGGAGUGCCAAAAUAACAGUGGUUGUGACCGUCACCUGCUGGGUCUGUACCUGACCAGUUUGGAGGCUGGGAUGUCAGUGCCCAUUAUCUUCACUGACCCCGCCUGGACCAAGAGUGGUGGGGGUGGCAACUAUAUCCUGUCCACCAGCUUUGUUGGCUAUACCACAGUGCACGGCGGUGUGGCCCCCAUGUGUAAGGAUGGCUAUGGAGUGUUCUAUAGGUUUGGACCAGACUGUAUCGUGUUCUUCAUGUCCAGUUGGAUCAGUGAUGAGUCGACCAGCGCCAGAGAAUUGUACGAGAACUUGAGACAAAGUCUGCUAGAUAUGAAACACAUGGUGGAGAGCCCAGAGGCGCAGGCAGCCAGACUUUGAACCCAUUCAGAAUGGUCCGAGGAUCUUCUGAUCCUUGGAUCAAAUAUGGCAGACUCACGUGAAAGAAGAGACAAAUAAUCUGCUGACAGUCUCCUGAAUGGCCUCUUUGAGUCCACACUUCAAGAGGGGCAGAUGGAGGUGGUUUUCUGCGUCUUCCAGAAGACAGUCAGAAUUUUUCAAGCUUACAUUGACGGGCAUGUAUUUCUUGCUGUCGGGAGAGGGUCUAAAAUGGAGUAUAGAUCAAUAGAGAUACUCGGAAGACUGUCAGAAAAUAUCUGGAUCUUCCCCCUCUUCAGACAUUUUACCAGAAAAUUGUUACUACAUUUUUAUUCUGAGUGAUUUUCAUUGAAGUGCAAUUCUGUUUGGGGGUACUUAAUUGUUAUUUUUAAAAAAGUGAAAUGUUCUCAUUGUCCUAAUGUACAUAAAAUUUGAAUUCUUGUUAAUAAUUAUGAAAAAAAUGAUAAUGAGGUUUCAUGAACAGUUCCAAUGCAUAAAGACCUAAAAUAAUAUGUGACUCAGUAUAAAUCCUUGAAAUUUCAACAACUCCUUUUAGCUAUUUUUUUUCAAGAUUUGUCAUAUUACCAGGAAAUAUCUCAUCAAAAUGUACUUUCUAGAUUGAAGCUAAUGCCUUUUUCAGAAUGUUCAGAAACAACAUGUUAAGCGUUAUGUAUCACCAACUAAUAAUUAUUUUUGAAAAUUAUAUGACAGUCAUUGUGUAAAUUUUGCUUAAAUCUAAUAAGGAAUGAUUAGUACUAUAAGGUCUUGUAUGGGCUUUUAUUUGAGUGUAUAAAUUAAGUUCAAGGUAUGCAAAGGUAAAUGCUAAAAGACCCUUGGGAAUAUCCUGACAAUAAUGUAGACUGUGAUUUGAUUGUCUUUCAACCUAAAAGGCUGUAGCACUAUCUCAGAAAUUUCAGUAUUAAUUUAUAAUAUUUUUGUACCAGUUUUAAUGAUAGGUCAUUCAUGAUGCUUAAUACUUAGAUUUUAAUUGAGGUAAGUAGGUUACCUACUUGCUCAUGUAUCAUUGGGUAGCACUGAAAAUGCCUUUACUUGGAAAACCUACUUAAAUGUUCUAAACUUUUUACCAUUUCAGUAGGUUCAGAAAGAAGUCAGAGCU